UUAAAUGAGAAGGAUGAAGAAGAACUUCAAACUUAGAGCCCCUUUUUACGCUGUUGGUCGAAACUUUUUCUAUUUUAGGCCCUUCCAUAUUGUUAAAUCGCGGGAUGGAACUGAAUUUCCUUAAACACUUAAAUGAUAAUACAGCCGAGUUUAAGAGGACUCUGGAUAGAAUCGUCGACAAGUAUUCAAAACUUAACGAUGAAGACGAGGCGAUAGAUGUGGACAUCAGCAAAAUAACAACAAAGACUCUUGUAUCGUACGUGGGACGUUCCAACAAGUUUCUAAAGUCAAAGACCCAGCCAGAUCUAGAGGAUCAAUCCUUAAACUCAGAUACAUCUUCAAACUCUGAGUUACAUUUUCCCCAUGAUGAUGAUGAAUCGGAAAACCAAAGUGUCUACAGCACGGAACUUCCUGAGGACAAUGGCGGUAAGGAUGGCGCAGAUAAGGCAAUGCGCUUGUUGGAUGAAAGCUGCUGGAAUUGGUCAGAGAACGAGCCCCAGCCACCGGACCAGGAUGGAGAUGUGAGUAGCCAGAGCUACUCCCUGGCUGAGCUCUACCCAACGAUGGUCAGUCGGAUAAGAAGAGCCUGGCAUCGGCAGGCUGUCUCUGUGGCCGCCGGCUCUGUGGUGAGGAGGUACCGCAGAUGGAGGCAGAGGCCUAAAGGAAUCCUGAACAGCACAUUUGACCUCACAGCAAGACCAGCUUAUGAUGGUACAAAAGUCUCAAGCAGUAAGAGGCUGGUCAGAGAGGGAUCAGGCAGCCUUUCAAAGAGUAUGGGGAUUGAAACAAUGCCUCAUCCUAUCCUAUCAACUGUGACGACCCUGAGUCCCAGACGGCAGUUUCCUGGAAGGAAGAGAAGAUUGUCGAUUGGAGAGACCUUGCAUCCCUGCAGCGUAAUGAGCAUGUCUGACAAAGCCAACCCAACACAGGUUUCAUUGAAUGAGACUUUCUUUGUGCUUGAGCAGAGCCCCCCAUGCAAAAAGUCCCACUUUGAGGAGCAAAUUCCCAUCAAUGCUGCCACUCCUUCAAAGUGCCACUGCUCUGAUGCUGAAUCAUCCAUGGAUCAGUUCUUCAAGAGAAAAGGGCUAUCUGGUUCUUCACAGUCAGCGUAUGUUUCAACCUACGUAGCAGAAGCUCCCUCUGUGCCUUACAUUUACAGCUCCCAAGACAGGCAGAGUCCUUUUAAGGCAAGCAGAAUGGGAACCCUCAGUAGGUCACCUCAUGCAUUUUCCAGAAGCCCCAAUGGUUAUGGUUCGACAGAGCCUAUGACAUCUAGAUCACCAGCCAUCCUUAUGCCUUCUCCUCCAAAGAGGUCUGCUGGGCUUCAUUACCCCCAUGACUCCAGUCAGUCACCCAAGUCGCUGCCCCAUUCUCAUCUGUCAGCCCAGCGAGCAGAGAGCCACCGGGGUUUCAGACAGCACCUCUCCUUCGACUCCUCCCUGUCACGCCCCUUCUCUAUGUCACCAAAGCAAGUGGAUGAGGAUUUCAAAAAGCUUUACCACAAGUUUGUGUGCUGCAAUGAAUCCAAUGCCUUCAACGCCCCUCCUUGUCGAUUGUGUGGAAGGAGCUCUGAGGCCAGAAGGGUCCUCUCCCCCCUGUCUUUGGCAACCCCUGCCUUGUCACCCCACCGCUCCAACCUGAGUAAGUGGUACAUGGAGGAGAGUGAGGAAAGCCACCCACAGUCCAAACGCCUCAGGGAGGAUACCUUUACCUACUCCCCGGGGUCGAAAAAGCAAAGCAACGAGACGCUGAGACGGCGUCGCCUAUCUCGGUCUGAGGCGGGGCCAUCUUUCUGUACAGCCCCUAACAGCGUCAGUGAGACUCAGCAACCCGCAGAAAAUGUGGAGGAAUGGCUGAUCAAACACCAGCCUUUCUUUGCAGCCAAAGCCUACAGAUGAACCAGGACUCAUCUGCAGAUGUUGACCUACCCUACCUGCUCAUGGAUCGUUUUUCCAAGAUCUAAUCUAAGUUUUUU